GCGCAGCCCGGGACGGUUGGCUGAAGAGGGGGCCGCCCGCUCCGCUCCAGACAGACACAGACACACAAACGGCCGUGCACCUCCGCCGCCCGGGACUCGGUUGCUUUCUUAUUAUUUAUUCUUUUUCUUCUUCCUCCUCCUCCUCACCCCGUUCCCCCUUCCUGUUUCGUUUUUUUGUUUUUUGUUUGCUUCCCAGCCCCCUCCUCUCCGCUUCCUCCCUCCUCCCUCUUCCCGCCUUCUCGUCCUCCGCCGCCUCCUCCUCCUCAGGGCCUUCUCCGGGAAGGUCCUUCCAGGUGGCCGCCCCGGCGGGGACUGAGCGCCCGAGCGGCGGCGGCGCUGGCUUUUUGUAGCGAGCUCGGCGCCUGCGCAGUCGCGGCGGCCGCGCGCGCGUGCGCAUCGCGAUGCACGGGGGCGGCCCCCCCUCGGGGGACAGCGCAUGCCCACUGCGCACCAUCAAGCGGGUACAGUUCGGAGUCCUGAGCCCGGACGAGCUGAAGCGAAUGUCAGUGACAGAAGGGGGUAUCAAAUAUCCAGAGACGACUGAGGGAGGCCGCCCCAAGCUUGGGGGCCUGAUGGAUCCAAGGCAAGGGGUGAUCGAACGAACUGGCCGCUGCCAGACAUGUGCAGGAAACAUGACGGAGUGUCCUGGCCACUUCGGCCACAUCGAGCUGGCCAAACCUGUGUUCCACGUGGGCUUCUUGGUGAAGACGAUGAAAGUUUUACGCUGCGUCUGCUUUUUCUGCUCUAAAUUGCUUGUGGACUCUAAUAACCCGAAGAUCAAGGACAUCUUGGCCAAGUCGAAGGGACAGCCUAAGAAGCGGCUUACUCACGUCUAUGACCUUUGCAAGGGCAAGAACAUCUGUGAGGGUGGGGAGGAAAUGGAUAACAAGUUCGGUGUGGAGCAGCCUGAGGGAGACGAGGACUUAACUAAAGAAAAGGGCCACGGUGGCUGUGGGCGCUAUCAGCCCAGGAUCAGGCGGUCAGGCCUGGAGCUGUACGCCGAGUGGAAGCACGUCAACGAGGAUUCCCAGGAGAAGAAGAUCCUGCUGAGUCCCGAGCGGGUGCAUGAGAUCUUCAAGCGCAUCUCAGACGAGGAGUGCUUCGUGCUGGGCAUGGAGCCUCGCUAUGCCCGGCCUGAGUGGAUGAUCGUCACCGUGCUGCCCGUGCCCCCGCUUUCCGUGCGACCUGCAGUGGUGAUGCAGGGCUCGGCCCGCAACCAGGAUGAUUUGACGCACAAACUGGCGGACAUUGUGAAGAUCAACAAUCAACUUCGCCGCAAUGAGCAGAACGGUGCGGCCGCCCAUGUCAUUGCUGAGGACGUGAAGCUCCUCCAGUUCCAUGUGGCCACCAUGGUAGACAAUGAGCUGCCCGGCUUGCCCCGUGCUAUGCAGAAGUCUGGCCGUCCCCUCAAGUCCCUAAAACAGCGACUGAAAGGCAAGGAAGGCCGCGUGCGAGGGAACCUGAUGGGCAAGCGAGUGGAUUUUUCUGCCCGGACUGUCAUCACCCCAGAUCCCAACCUCUCCAUCGACCAGGUUGGCGUGCCUCGCUCCAUCGCCGCCAACAUGACCUUUGCUGAGAUUGUCACCCCCUUCAACAUCGACAGACUUCAAGAACUAGUGCGCAGAGGUAAUAGCCAGUACCCAGGGGCCAAAUACAUCAUUCGAGACAAUGGCGAUCGCAUUGACCUCCGCUUCCACCCCAAGCCCAGUGACCUUCACCUACAGACUGGCUACAAGGUGGAACGACACAUGUGUGACGGGGACAUCGUUAUCUUCAACCGCCAGCCAACUUUGCACAAAAUGUCCAUGAUGGGUCAUCGGGUUCGCAUCUUACCCUGGUCUACCUUUCGUCUGAACCUUAGUGUGACAACACCAUACAAUGCUGACUUCGAUGGGGAUGAGAUGAACUUACACCUGCCCCAGUCUCUGGAGACUCGGGCAGAGAUCCAGGAACUUGCCAUGGUGCCGCGCAUGAUUGUCACCCCCCAGAGCAAUCGCCCCGUCAUGGGCAUCGUGCAGGAUACGCUCACCGCGGUGCGCAAGUUCACGAAGAGAGACGUCUUCUUGGAGCGGGGUGAAGUGAUGAACCUCCUCAUGUUUCUAUCCACGUGGGACGGGAAAGUCCCACAGCCAGCCAUCCUCAAGCCUCGACCCCUGUGGACAGGCAAACAGAUCUUCUCCCUUAUCAUUCCGGGCCACAUCAACUGUAUCCGCACCCACAGCACACAUCCUGACGAUGAGGACAGUGGCCCUUACAAACACAUAUCUCCCGGGGACACCAAAGUGGUGGUGGAGAACGGGGAGCUGAUCAUGGGCAUUCUGUGCAAGAAGUCUCUGGGCACAUCAGCUGGUUCCCUGGUUCACAUCUCUUACCUUGAGAUGGGCCACGACGUCACUCGCCUCUUCUACUCCAACAUCCAAACUGUCAUCAACAACUGGCUGCUCAUCGAGGGUCAUACCAUUGGUAUUGGGGACUCGAUUGCUGAUUCAAAGACUUACCAGGACAUUCAGAACACUAUUAAGAAGGCCAAACAAGAUGUAAUAGAGGUCAUCGAGAAGGCUCAUAACAAUGAGCUGGAGCCUACUCCAGGAAACACUCUGCGACAGACUUUUGAGAACCAAGUGAACCGCAUUCUCAACGAUGCCCGAGACAAGACUGGCUCCUCUGCCCAGAAAUCCCUGUCUGAAUACAACAACUUCAAAUCUAUGGUGGUCUCUGGGGCCAAAGGGUCCAAGAUCAACAUCUCCCAGGUCAUUGCUGUGGUCGGGCAGCAGAACGUGGAGGGCAAGCGGAUCCCCUUUGGAUUCAAGCACCGAACCCUGCCUCACUUCAUUAAAGAUGAUUAUGGACCUGAGAGCCGAGGCUUUGUGGAAAACUCUUACUUGGCUGGCCUCACACCCACCGAGUUCUUCUUCCAUGCCAUGGGAGGCCGUGAAGGGCUCAUCGACACAGCUGUGAAGACUGCCGAGACUGGAUACAUCCAGCGGCGAUUGAUCAAGUCCAUGGAGUCGGUGAUGGUGAAGUACGACGCCACAGUGCGCAACUCCAUCAACCAGGUGGUGCAGCUCCGCUAUGGCGAGGACGGCCUGGCCGGCGAGAGCGUCGAGUUCCAGAAUCUGGCGACCCUUAAGCCCUCCAACAAGGCUUUUGAGAAAAAGUUCCGAUUCGAUUACACAAACGAGCGAGCUCUCCGGCGCACCCUGCAGGAGGAUCUGGUCAAGGAUGUGCUCAGCAACGCGCACAUUCAGAAUGAGCUGGAACGAGAGUUCGAGCGGAUGCGCGAGGACCGGGAGGUUCUCAGGGUCAUCUUCCCAACUGGUGACAGCAAGGUGGUUCUCCCCUGUAACCUGCUGCGCAUGAUUUGGAACGCCCAGAAGAUCUUUCACAUCAACCCUCGCCUCCCCUCCGACCUGCAUCCUAUCAAGGUGGUGGAGGGAGUGAAGGAGUUGAGCAAGAAGUUGGUGAUCGUGAAUGGGGAUGACCCUCUGAGCCGGCAGGCCCAGGAGAACGCGACUCUGCUCUUCAACAUCCACCUGCGCUCCACGCUGUGCUCCCGCCGCAUGGCGGAGGAGUUUCGGCUCAGUGGAGAGGCCUUUGACUGGCUGCUUGGUGAAAUUGAGUCCAAAUUCAACCAGGCCAUUGCCCACCCUGGGGAAAUGGUGGGAGCUCUGGCUGCACAGUCCCUGGGAGAGCCCGCCACCCAGAUGACCUUGAACACCUUCCACUAUGCCGGUGUGUCUGCCAAGAAUGUGACGCUGGGAGUGCCUCGGCUGAAGGAGCUCAUCAACAUCUCCAAGAAACCAAAAACCCCCUCACUUACUGUCUUUCUGCUGGGCCAGUCGGCUCGAGAUGCAGAGAGAGCCAAGGACAUUCUCUGCCGCCUGGAACACACGACGUUGAGGAAGGUGACUGCCAACACAGCCAUUUACUACGACCCCAACCCCCAGAGCACAGUGGUGGCAGAGGACCAGGAAUGGGUGAACGUCUACUAUGAGAUGCCGGACUUCGACGUCGCCCGGAUUUCACCCUGGCUUUUGCGGGUGGAACUGGACCGGAAGCACAUGACUGACCGGAAGUUGACCAUGGAGCAGAUCGCAGAGAAAAUCAAUGCUGGUUUUGGUGAUGAUUUGAAUUGCAUCUUUAACGACGACAAUGCAGAGAAGCUGGUGCUUCGGAUCCGCAUCAUGAAUAGCGAUGAAAACAAGAUGCAAGAGGAGGAAGAGGUGGUGGACAAGAUGGAUGACGAUGUUUUCUUGCGCUGCAUUGAGUCCAACAUGCUGACGGACAUGACCCUGCAGGGCAUCGAGCAGAUCAGCAAGGUGUACAUGCACCUGCCUCAGACAGACAACAAAAAGAAGAUCAUCAUCACAGACGACGGGGAGUUCAAGGCCCUGCAGGAGUGGAUUCUGGAGACGGAUGGCGUGAGCUUGAUGCGGGUGCUGAGCGAGAAGGACGUGGACCCCGUUCGCACCACGUCCAAUGACAUUGUGGAGAUCUUCACGGUCCUGGGCAUAGAAGCUGUGCGAAAGGCCCUGGAGCGGGAGCUGUACCACGUCAUCUCCUUUGACGGCUCCUAUGUCAACUACCGACACUUGGCGCUCUUGUGCGAUACCAUGACCUGCCGUGGCCACUUGAUGGCCAUCACCAGACACGGGGUCAACCGCCAGGACACCGGCCCUCUCAUGAAAUGCUCCUUUGAGGAAACGGUGGAUGUGCUGAUGGAAGCAGCUGCACACGGGGAGAGUGACCCCAUGAAGGGGGUGUCUGAGAACAUCAUGCUGGGCCAGCUAGCUCCAGCUGGCACUGGUUGUUUCGACCUCCUGCUUGACGCAGAGAAGUGCAAGUACGGCAUGGAGAUCCCCACCAAUAUCCCAGGCUUGGGAGCCGCUGGACCCACCGGCAUGUUCUUUGGCUCAGCACCCAGCCCUAUGGGAGGAAUUUCUCCGGCUAUGACCCCCUGGAACCAGGGCGCGACCCCCGCCUAUUGCUCCUGGUCUCCCAGUGUCGGGAGCGGCAUGACCCCAGGGGCAGCUGGCUUCUCUCCCAGUGCUGCCUCAGAUGCCAGCGGCUUCAGCCCAGGUUACUCUCCUGCCUGGUCGCCAACGCCAGGUUCCCCGGGCUCCCCAGGCCCCUCGAGUCCGUACAUCCCAUCACCAGGUGGUGCCAUGUCUCCUAGCUACUCGCCAACAUCACCAGCCUAUGAGCCUCGCUCGCCUGGGGGCUACACACCCCAAAGUCCCUCCUACUCGCCCACUUCGCCUUCUUACUCCCCGACUUCUCCAUCCUAUUCUCCAACCAGUCCCAACUACAGCCCCACGUCUCCCAGCUACUCCCCGACCUCCCCCAGCUACUCGCCGACCUCGCCAAGUUACUCGCCGACCUCUCCUAGCUACUCCCCAACUUCGCCCAGCUACUCCCCCACUUCUCCCAGCUACUCCCCGACUUCCCCCAGCUACUCCCCGACCUCUCCCAGCUACUCCCCGACUUCCCCCAGCUACUCCCCGACCUCACCGAGCUACUCUCCCACCUCGCCCAGCUACUCCCCGACCUCGCCCAGCUACUCUCCGACUUCCCCCAGCUACUCCCCAACAUCACCCAGCUAUUCACCCACUUCCCCGAGUUACUCACCCACAAGUCCCAACUAUUCCCCCACCAGCCCCAACUACACCCCGACAUCACCUAGCUACAGUCCAACAUCGCCGAGCUACUCGCCUACGAGCCCCAACUACACACCGACGAGUCCUAACUACAGUCCCACCUCUCCGAGCUACUCCCCCACCUCGCCGAGCUACUCCCCGACUUCCCCGAGCUACUCGCCGUCCAGCCCACGGUACACGCCUCAGUCGCCCACCUACACCCCGAGCUCGCCCAGCUACAGCCCGAGCUCUCCCAGUUACAGCCCUACCUCGCCCAAAUAUACUCCGACCAGUCCUUCCUACAGUCCCAGCUCGCCGGAGUACACCCCGACUUCUCCCAAGUACUCGCCCACCAGCCCAAAAUACUCUCCCACUUCGCCCAAGUACUCUCCUACCAGCCCCACUUACUCACCCACGACCCCAAAAUACUCGCCCACCUCUCCCACCUACUCCCCCACCUCUCCGGUGUACACCCCCACGUCCCCCAAGUACUCACCCACCAGCCCCACCUACUCCCCCACCUCCCCCAAGUACUCGCCCACUAGUCCCACCUAUUCCCCGACCUCCCCCAAAGGCUCUACCUACUCCCCCACUUCCCCCGGGUACUCCCCCACCAGCCCCACGUACAGCCUCACCAGCCCGGCCAUCAGCCCAGAUGACAGUGACGAAGAGAACUGAGGGAGGCCGGCCACGGAGCUGCAAGCUGGCUGAGGGUGACGGGCUGCUUGAGCGACGCCAUC